AUGGCAUAUUUCUUGGUACCUGAGGAAGUAUCACCGACUGAAGCAAUUAUUCGACGUCGUAUUAAUUUUUCCUUCCGGCUCUUAAUUGCUUCAUUUUCCAGUUGUCAGAUAUUUGACUUCUUGUUCAGCCCAGUUUGGAUCCACGGAUACAUUUGGUCACUGAAUCAAAAAGUUGACCUUGAACUAAGCACCAAAUCAGCUGGUGACAUCUUCAAGCACCAAUUAUCAGUUUGCAGCUAUUCAGAGCGUCUUAUUUACUCCACUGUUCUUGUCUUCAUUAUAUGGAUAUUCUUUCUCAUUUCUGGCUUUUGGAAUGAGAAUCGGACGAUCUGGCAACUUCUGCGUCUUUCAGUCAUAAUCGGAGUGCUUACUGCUAUUUCGCGUUGCUUACAAAUGAAGCAGCGCCUCUAUUCGGCUAUACACGAGGGUUUUUACGCAUAUUUCCUUAUCUUCUUUACAGGACUGAUACUAACAUUACAAGUGAGUGAAAGAAUCAUUGAUUCAAGUGCGGAAGUGAAAUCCACUUCAAUCAUAAAAUCGAAUUUUUUGCUUCAAUCGAAAAAGUUGUUAUGA